AUGCCUUACUUACCAAAAUUGCUUUUUUUACUUUUUUGCCUAAUUCUUGUCGGAGAAUGUGGAAAACAUAAAAGUAGGAAGAGGAGGUGGUCGGGAACAUUGGAAGGCCAUAAGCAUGGAGCUCCUCUGGCAAAAAAAGUGGUUGAUGGGACUAAGACACGCAAAGUGAAAACGGACCACUUGCUCCGAGUUGAUGAUCAUGACUUUACCAUGAGGCCAGCCUUUGCAGGUCCUGCAGUUCCUGUUGGUGUAGAUGUUCAGGUAGAGAGUUUGGAUAGUAUCUCAGAGGUAGACAUGGAUUUCACUAUGACCCUCUACCUAAGACAUUACUGGAAAGACGAGCGUUUGUCCUUUCCCAGCACAACCAAUAAGAGCAUGACGUUUGACGGACGUUUGGUGAAGAAGAUCUGGGUGCCAGAUGUAUUCUUCGUCCACUCCAAGAGGUCUUUCAUUCACGAUACGACCACAGACAACAUCAUGCUCAGAGUCUACCCUGACGGCCACGUGCUUUACAGCCUCAGGGUCACAGUGACUGCCGCCUGUAACAUGGACUUCAGUCGAUUUCCCCUGGAUUCACAAACUUGCACAUUAGAGCUGGAGAGCUAUGCAUACACAGACGAAGACCUGAUGCUGUACUGGAAGAGUGGAGAUGAAUCGCUAAGCACAGACGACAGGAUCUCUCUGUCUCAAUUCCUCAUCCAGAAGUUUCAUACCACCUCAAAGCUGGCCUUUUACAGCAGCACAGGUUGGUACAAUCGUUUGUACAUCAACUUCACACUGCGGCGUCACAUCUUCUUCUUCCUGCUGCAGACCUACUUUCCCGCCACCCUGAUGGUCAUGCUGUCCUGGGUGUCUUUUUGGAUCGACCGCAGAGCCGUACCCGCCAGAGUCUCCUUGGGUAUUACCACGGUGCUGACCAUGUCCACUAUUAUCACUGGGGUGAAUGCUUCCAUGCCCAGAGUCUCCUACAUUAAAGCCGUGGACAUUUAUCUGUGGGUCAGCUUUGUGUUUGUCUUCUUGUCUGUACUCGAAUACGCUGCUGUCAAUUACUUGACCACAGUGAAAGACGGAAAGGAACGCAAACUCAGGGAGAAGGCAAAGGAACAGUCUCUGUCCUGUACCUGCGGGAUGUCCCACACAAGAACCAUGAUGCUGGAUGGGACGUACAGUGAGGCGGAUGCCAACAGCCUGGCCGGUUACACCAGAGCGCCCAUGGCAACCGAGGAGCCUCCGGAAAAACAGGAACGUAUGGUGGUCCAUCUGGCUUUGGACAACGAGUCCACCAAGAAGAAAGGUAUCCACGGCUUCCGUAUCAUCCAGAACACUCACGCCAUCGACACGUAUUCCCGCAUGAUCUUCCCCGGGGCGUACAUAUUCUUCAAUCUCAUCUACUGGUCUGUGUACUGCUGA